CCGCCUGCAGCCCAUCAGCACCGUCCCUUCCCUCACUCAUUUUGUUUGCCCAUCAUCCUUUUGAACCGCUCCUCAUUGCUGUAGUAGACCAGCGCCACCACAAGCGGGAUCACGAAGAUGUAGAUGGACCACGCAGCCACAGCAACGGUCAUGGUGCCCUCAGCGGGGAUGAAGGAGAGCACCUGCUGACUCGCCAGGCUCGACAGCUGCAGACGUGGGCUUCGUUGGAGCAGUGCUGCGGUGCUCCUGGACGAUAACAAGGGAGAUCUGCUGCUUGGAGAAGGCGCGACGAAGGCAUCUGCCGAUGUUGAGGAGGCGAUGAAUAGGAUCAGCAGCAGCAGAACGAUGCAGGUGGAUAGAUGAGUCCGUGAUGGUGUUGGCAGCGUCAUCCGAGCGUCAGAUCUCCGCUUCCCUCUCACCUUGGCCCCGUGGAUGAUCGCACAUUGGGGCCCCGCAAUCUUAGCGAGCAU